AUGGAUAGAAAGUUCAUGUCCAGCGGGGUGUUUCAGUUCCUGGACGAGGUAUAUGAACAGAGGGGCCCUCUGUUCGACUACGGCACCCUGGUAGGAAGUGGAGAGCUAGCCUUUGACGAAGCACUGGUGUCAGAUGGCGCAAGCCUCCGUAGCGUCCUUAAGAAAGCCGGAAAGACAAAGCGCUCGAGGGACGGUCUAAUGGAUUGGUAA